AUAAUUAGCGUCUUGUGCUUGUUUUUCCUUCUCCCAUUCUGAGGCCUACUGUAGGGGGAAUGCAAGAGUCUUCUACCAACUAUCCAAAUUCAGAAUAAAAGAAGAAGAACCAGAUCAGUCAUUGCAGUAAUAACCAUUUAUUAGCCUAUUGUUCAUGACCUGUACAUAUGUGAAGCAGCAUUACUUAUUGCAUACAAAGACUGGACUGAGAGGCCUUGAAAUUCUCUAUCCUUUUUAUAUACAGAUAUAAGACAACAAUGCUGCUGGCUGGCUCUGUGUUGUUCAUUGUUCUUAGUAUAUCUGCUACAUGCAAUGCAAACAAUCCUGGAAUAAAGGUCCGAAUGACGGAAGAUGUUUUGGAAAAAGGUGUGAAAUAUUUAAUUGAUACAAUGACAGCGGAGAUCUCUUCGUACAAUCUCCCGGAUGUGAAUGGAAGUGCAACAAUAGAGUCUGAUGAAAUGUUAUAUCAACUGACAAAGAUACAGAUUGUGAAUUUCAAUUUUGAGAACGUUUCCUCAAAGUUCGUUCCAGGAAUUGGAGCUCAAAUAUCACUACAUCGUGGAAACGCCGCAAUAAAUUGUCAAUGCGAUAUAAACAGUUGGUUGAUAACGGAUAGUGCAUCUGCUCUCUUAACAUUAAAAGAAAUAUCCAUCGUCAUGAUCUUGGGGAUUCGUAGGAUUGAUCCUGGAGUGCCAUCGCUGUUUAUGUCUGACUGCCAAUCGACAAUUCAAAACAUAGAUUUCAAAAUGUUCAGUGAAAUAAGUUAUGUCUAUGAGGCUCUUAAAUCACAUAUUGAGGAGGUUCUUCAAAGAAGUGUUUCUGAGCAGUUAUGUUCUGCUGUGAGAAGUCAAGUUGUUGCCUGGGAUGUGUCUUUCAGCGAUUUACAAAUGAAUGUCACGUUAUCUAGAAAUAUUGAUGCCGAUUUGUCACUUACUAAUGAUCCAGAGAUUUCCGAAAAGUAUGCUGUUCUGAAUUUUAAGGGCCAGUUUCAUGAGCCUAAUGUGACCACGGUGGAAUAUUCUCCAGCUCCAUUUACUUUGCCAGCCAUGGAUUCCUCCAGGUCUUGUGCUGGGAUAUCAGAGGCCUCAUUUAAUUCCCUUGUUAAUACCUACUACUCAAGUGGAUCUAUGAAUGCCAUGCUCUUCAGUACUUCAAGAUCCAUAAAAUUAACAACAUCGGAACUAACAGAUGCAGUGCCAGAGAUUUCUGAAUAUUUCAAAAGUCCAACACCUGCGAAAAUUAUACUGUAUGCUACUAGCUGUCCAAACAUAACCCUGAAAGACAAGAAUAUAAUCAUGGACUUUCAAGGACUUUUUCAAAUUCACGUCAAACCUGCUGAAGGCAAAAGCCAGGUUCUCCUUGAAGCUAACAUACUGGCUGUCUUGAAUGGUGAGAUCACUAUGUCAGAUGCAGAAAAAUUCCCAGGUUUGAAUGUGAGUGCUUCAGUCAGCCUAAACAGAUUACAAAUAGACAAAAUUGAGCCCAACAGUAAAGGAAAGAAAGCUGCAUCAGAGAAGGGGAUUCAACACAUAUUUAAUCAGAUGCUCUUGCCAAAAAUAAAUGAAAAGCUGAAGCAAGGAAUACCAGUACCAACAAAGAUCCUGAAAAAUCCCUCUAGUUUUAGUAAACAGGGCUAUGAACUGGUGGAAAUAAAUUUCAUCCUGGUCUGAGGCAGCGUUAUCUGGAUAACUGGAAUGCGAUGUGUAAUCCAUGGUCAUUUAAGAAAACAGGUCCACAAUUUGUGAGUCCCUGCACUUUAUGGAUAUGGAAUAUGUGAAAUUCCCAAUACCAUUAUUAAAAAAAACAGUAAAAUGUGUUGGCUGCUAUUCCUGACCUACUUUGAAAAUAUUAGUUGCCUGGCUGCCUCUAGCAUUACUGACCUAGACAAAGCAUGUAGCCAGUGAAGCCAAACAUCUUUAGCUGCAUGUAAGGUUUUGGGUAAGUGCAUUUGAAUGUAUUGAAGUUUUGAGAUUAGCAAUGACAGCCAGGCAGAUGGAAAGGUCGGCUAUGGCAGCCUACAUAUUUCCCAUAUACAGGUUCCCUUUGACUUAGGAUACAUGCAGUGCUUGUGUGCAAUUCCUUCCCAAGCCAAGCAGUAACUAAAUAUGUAGUUAUAAUUUAUAUGUAUAUAGCUCAGGAAUACAGAUGAUAAGAUUUCUUCAUUAUUUCAGUUAUCUGUAAUGCUUGUUAUGUCACGUUUCAUUUAAAAACGUUCAAUAAAGAAAAAAAAAAAAAAGAAUACAA